AUGGCAGAAGCAGAUCCUAAAAUGGUCUCGGAACCUGCCAGCGAGGGGGUUGCUGAAGAGGAGAUGGCUAGCUCCGCUAGUGAUUCUGGGGAAGAAUCUGAGAGCAGUAGCUCCAGCAGCGGCAGCAGCAGCAGCAGUAGCAGCAGUAGCAGCAGUAGCAGCAGCAGCAGCAGCAGCCGCAGUACCAGCAGCAGCAGCAGUAGCAGCACUUGCAGCAGCCGCAGCCGCUUAUAUAGGAAGAGGAGGUUUCCGGAGCCUUCCAGAAGGGCGCAACGGGCUCCGUGGCGUAGAAGUUUCGUGGAGAGUCUACCUCAGGCUGUUAGAAACCGUGUGCAGGCUCUCCGAAAUAUUCAAAAUGAAUGUGACAAGGUGGAUGCCAUGUUCCUAAGGGCGAUUCAUGAUCUCGAAAGAAAGUAUGCGCAACUCAAUAAGCCUCUAUAUGAUAAGCGAUUUCAGAUCAUCAAUGCAGAAUAUGAGCCUACGGAAGAAGAAUGUGAAUGGAAUUCCGAGGAUGAGGAGUUCAGCAGUGAUGAGGAGGUGCCGGAUGCCAGCCCUAGUGAAAUGCCUCCUUUAGAAGGCGAGGAAGAUGACCCCAAAGAAAAAAGUGAGCUGAAAGCUGAAGAAAAGGAAGCGGUUGAAGACAUCCCUGAGGCAAAGGCUGAAGCAAAGGAAAUUCCUGAAGAAAAUGCUGAGGUGAAAGCUGAAGAAAAGGAAGUUCCUGAAGAAAAUGCUGAGGAAAAGGCUGAAGACAAGGAAACUCCUGGAGAAAAUCCGGAGGCCAAAGAAGAAGAAAAAGAAGAUUCUGAAGAUUGUAUGCAGACAACACCUGCAGAAAAGGAAGACUCUAAAGAAGUCGCCCAGGGAAAGGCAGAUGAUACAGAAGAGCCUAAAGCAACAAAACCUAAGGUAAGGGUUGCUGUCAGAGAGGCUCACAAAAGACUUCAUGAGACAAGGCCUAGAGAAAGAAUGAAUCUUAAAAGAGCUAGAAAGGGAAAGCCUAAAAGAGAAGAUCCGAAAGGCAUUCCUGAUUACUGGCUAAAUGUUUUGAAGAAUGUUGACAGACUGGGGCCUAUGAUUCAGAAGUAUGAUGAGCCCAUUCUGAGGUUCCUGUCAGAUAUUAGUCUGAAGUUCUCAAAACCUGGCCAGCCUAUAAGUUACACUUUCGAAUUUCAUUUUCUACCAAAUCCAUACUUCAGAAAUGAGCUGCUGGUGAAGACAUACAUAAUAAAAUCAAAGCCAGAUCACAAUGACCCCUUCUUCUCUUGGGGAUGGGAGAUUGAAGAUUGCAAAGGCUGCAAGAUAGAUUGGAGAAGAGGAAAAGAUGUUACUGUGACAACCACUUACAGCCGCACAACUGCUACUGGAGAAAUUGAAAUCCUGCCAAGAGUGGUUCCUAAUGCAUCAUUCUUCAAUUUCUUUAGCCCUCCUGAGAUCCCUCAUAUCGGCAAGCUGGAACCACGAGAAGACGCCAUUCUUGAUGAGGACUUUGAAAUUGGUCAAAUUUUACAUGAUAAUGUCAUCCUGAAAUCAAUUUAUUACUACACUGGUGAAGUCAACGGUGCCUGCUACCACAACGGCAAAGAUUAUGGAAACAGGAAGUAUCGAAAGUAAAGAAAAAUGCUGGCUGCAAGAUUUUUCAAGGAACUUACAAGUUCCAUCAGGAGUGAAGCUAGUUAAUGCAGUAUAGAAAGAAAAAGAAAAGAAAACCUGCCCUAUAACUUGAACACUAUUCCUUAUUCCUUACACUCUUGUGUUCUCAUAUUUCCUUGGUAGUCUGUUUAAAAAUUGUUCCCGAGAUGUCUAAGUAUCAGUUCAUUCUAGCCUGUUGUAUUGUGAUAUUUUUCAGAAUAUGUAAACUGCUGUCAAUGAUCUAAAGCAUGUUUGUUUGGUGCUACAGAGUAUUGAUUUUUGUGAGGUCUUUUUGUCAUGUUACUUUUUGAUUAUAGCUGUGAACAAAAUGCCAGAGUUGUUAACUGAGACAAAUAUUUGCUUGAAAAAAAAAAAAAAAAACAAAGUUGCUGAUGUACCAAUGCAAGUGGUUUUUUUUUCUUUUUUUUUCCCAGCCCAGAAGACUGAAGGUUUAAAUCUGCUUGCACUAUAUGUGCCUUUAUUACUUUGCUGAGGAAUAUAAUACUUAUGCUAACUAGAAAAGUACAUUGUGAAAUUUGCUUGAAAAAAUACUAGUAUGCUUUUAAGAAUGUCUGUCAAAGCCAUGUUUGAUUUCUGUGAAUUUGUUUACUUGACAUUGGUGUGUAUAAAUUGAUUAUAAUGGAGUUAUUAUUUAUACUGAUGUGUUAAUGUGAAAUUGUAUUUUUAAAAAUUGUAUUCAUCUUGUAUUAUGUAAUUGUAAACUAAAGAUAAUGCAGUUCUUUGUAACAUCUUCUUUGCCUUUCACUGAAAAUGAUCACUUUACAUCAUUUGAUACUUUAUUGCAACCUCAAGUAAACAAGUGUUAAAAUAAAAUGUGCCAUGCU